AAGAAUUAUGUAAACUGGUCUCAAAACAUGAUGCUGAUUUUGAACAAAGUUACCUACAAAAAAUUAACUUAAGUAGCUGGAAAGUUCAAGAAGAGCUGAUAAAAAUGUGUGCUGAUCAAGUUAAGGAAAUCAUCUUAAACCAAAUAGUCAAUGUUGGUUUUUUUGCCAUAAUGUGUGAUGAAGCAAGAUGUUAUAGAGAAGAACAAUUAUCGAUUUGUGUAAGAUAUGUGGUGGAUUUACAAGUAUAUGAACGCUUUAUAGGAUUUGUCAAUGUUUCGAGUGGCCAGGAUGCAAAUAAUAUUUUAGCAGCUAUUACAGAUUUUUUUAAGACUCAAACUAUUGAUAUAAGUACACUUAAAAUAAUAGCUCAGUCUUUUGAUGGAGCAAGUGUGAUGAGUGGCAGACUGAAUGGUGUACAAGCUAAAAUUAAGGAAUUAUAUCCUAGUGCAAUAUACACACAUUGCAUGGCACAUCGUUUGAACCUAGUUGUGGUUGAUAUGUGUAAAAACAUAAAAGUAUGAAAGAAAUACUUAUUAUUAUUUAUGUAAAUUUUGAUAAAUUAAUUAUUAACUUAAUACAUUUUAAGAGUGCUCGUAAUGUGUUCAAUAUAUUAGAAGCUGUAUUUGUUCACUUCUCACGUCCUUCUAACCAUUUAAAAUUAUCUGAAAUCCAGUCAAAAUUAGGAAUAAAAAAAGGUAAUAUUUUAAGAAUUUGUGACACAAGGUGGGUCUGUCGUUACAAAAAUUGUGAAGCUAUGCUAAAUAAUUAUACAGCAAUAGUAGAUUUUUUAAAUUAUGAAGUAGAAGAACAAGCUGACAAAGAUGUCGCUCAGGCUAUGGGUAAAUAAUAAUUUUAAAAAUAAUUUAUUCUGAUACCUAUAAUAUAAGUUUUUUUUAUAUUGUUUCAGGAAUUUUAAGUUCAAUACAAAAA